CAAACGUGCGUGAGAUCCUGCUUGCUUCGCGCACAACUUCCUAUUCUACCUUUGGGAUUAGGAGUUUUCCGUGCGCUUACUACGUUCGCAAUUUCUGCAGCAUGACUGUCCAGACGAACGAACAACUUCAAGAUGAACUGGACGCUCUAAACGCUCAGAUUACCAAACAGGGUAGCGCAGUCCGGGAGCUUAAGAAGGCCGGUGACGCAGACGCCGUCGCGGAGGCCGUGGCCAAGCUUCAAGCACUCAAGAUCAAUGCAGCGGAAAUGGGCAAGAGCCUCGUCUCGGAUGAGCCCGAAUUCAACCGAAAGGCGUUCGACGAGCUUGUAUUGCGGAAAAUGUUUGUGGUACCCUCGUUCGAGAUUCAUGGGGGUGUGAAGGGUCUCUUUGAUUUGGGUCCUCCAGCUUGCUCUCUCAAGGCUGCCAUGAUCGAUCUGUGGCGCAAGCAUUUCGUACUUGCUGAAAGUAUGCUGGAGAUGGAAUGCACCUGUUUGACCCCCGAGGCCGUCCUCAAGACAAGUGGUCACGUGGACCGUUUCACAGAUCUCAUGGUAAAAGAUCCGCAGACAGCGGAAUGCUUUAGGGCUGACAAGCUCUUGGAAGAUGCCAUCGAUUCGUUGCUGGAAGCCAACCCGACAAUGCCGGUGGAAGAACGGGAAGAUCACCUUCGUAUUCAGCGACAGGCGGACGCCUUUUCGCCUACCGAAUUAGACGAACUUUUGAUUAAGUACGAUUGCAAGGGACCUUCCGGUGAAGCCUAUACACCGUCUUUUCCCUUCAAUCUCAUGUUCAAGACCAGCAUUGGCCCGGAAGGUACUUCGGUAGGUUACUUGCGUCCAGAGACAGCCCAAGGAUUGUUUGUCAACUACCGUCGGCUUUUGGACUUGAAUGCUGGAAAAAUGCCUUUCGCCGCUGCCCAAAUUGGUUUAGGAUUUCGCAACGAGAUUGCCCCACGUUCAGGCCUUUUGCGUGUGCGCGAAUUUUGUAUGGGAGAGAUUGAACAUUUCGUCAAUCCUAAAGACAAAUCGCACCCAAAUUUUAAAUCUGUCACCGAUAAAGAGCUGGUUCUUUUUGGUAGAGAUGAUCAACUGGGCAGCGGAAAGACCAAAACAAUUGCCUGCGGUGAAGCCGUUGAGAGUGGCUUGAUCAACAACGAAACUUUGGCUUAUUUCAUGGCGCGCACACAGCUCUACAUGGAAAAGAUCGGCAUGGAUCCCCAGCGUUUGCGUUUCCGCCAGCAUUUGGCUACCGAAAUGGCUCAUUAUGCCGCCGAUUGCUGGGAUCUGGAAAUCAAAUCAAGUUAUGGCUGGCAAGAAUGCGUUGGACACGCUGAUCGCGCUUGCUACGAUCUCGAGGUGCACAGCAGGGCAACCAAGACCUCUAUGGUGGCCACUCAGAAAGUUGAUCCACCACAAGAAAUGGAAGUUGCCAAACUCAAGUUUGAUCGAAAGUUGCUCGGUCAAGCCUUCAAAGGUGAUCAACGCGUGGUGUCCGGUAUGCUCGAGUCGUUGGCCGAAAGUUGGACGGACUUUGAGCCUAUUGCGACGAAAUUGGAAAACGAUGGAAAGACGACGGUGGAGGGUUUUGAGAUCACUAAAGAAAUGAUGACUUGGACGAAGCAGAAAAAGACAGUUCACGAAAUUAAGUUUACUCCCUCCGUAAUCGAACCUUCGUUUGGGAUGGGGCGUAUCUUGUAUUCGCUAUUGGAGCAUUCCUUCUACCAGCGCGAAUCGGACGAGCAGCGCGUAGUUAUGAGGUUUACUCCGCAGGUGGCCCCUGAAAAAUGUGCAGUAUUGCCGAUCAGCAGCAAUCCUGAGUGCAACGAAAUCGUUGAUGACAUUGCUCGUGACUUAAUGGACAGCGACUUGGCUACUAGAGUUGACAAGUCUACGGCAGCGAUUGGUCGUCGCUACUCUCGUUCUGACGAGCUCGGUAUCCCUUUUGCCGUGACGGUGGAUUUCGAUACUCUCAACGACGGAACCGUGACGCUCCGUGAACGCGAUUCCACAGUUCAGGUUCGCCUCCCCAAAAAUGACAUUAACUACCUUCUUUUUCAAAUAGUUCACAGCCGCAUGACUUGGGAGGACGUCAUGAAGAAGUAUCCUGUUGUUUCAACUGGUGAUGAUACUGAGGUAGCCGCGGAAGACGCUGUAACUGUAGUUGAGCAGACGUCUCGUGGCGCAUUCCGGCGGCCGGCCCAGCCUAAGUAGCUGACUAAAGAUAUUAACUAUGAGACAGUUCAGAUUUC